AUGAGGUACUACUCAGGCAAGAUCCGCGCCAAGCCCUUAUGGUGGGAGAAGGUCCACGAUUCCACUAUCGCCGCCAAGUGGCGGGCGGAGAUGGCCGAGCACGAUCGCAUCACGCACGACGGGUUUUGGGGAGGCGAACGUCGCUUCGACGAAAAUGACGAAGAAGGAAAGGCGAAAAGGUGGCCACGCGACCCCCUUACUGACGCGCAGCUCGACUACAUCUUCGACGAACUCGUCUAUGAAUCUUCUAUGCGCGACCCCGCCACCGGGAUAUUCGCCAGUGCUAUCAAGAAGGCGUACGAGUCGCAGUCGCUCAUCGAUGGCGCUCUCAAAGCUCAGCUCUUGGAGGGGGCUUCCGCCUUCGAGAACGUCCACGACGAUGAGAAGGACUGGCAUCCUGGCUCCGAUGGCCAAGUCCUCGACCUCGUCCAUCCGUCUCUCUAUCCCAUCUGCAUCGGCCGCACUCUCUUCCGUUCGUCCGGUCCUCAGGGAGGGGACUCCGUGCUUACUCUGCUCGACAUAGACAAGUACCUUCAAGCACGCCCUGAUCUUCGCACAGAGCGAUGGUACACCCUCUCAGACUCCUACCAGUGGUUGCCGACGGACUUCGCCGUCUCCGCUGCCGGCGAAGUCGUCGCACUUGAGUAUAUCAACAACGCGCACCCGUCGCGGCACCGCGCGCUCCACCGCGCGGUCACGUCCGUCAUCGCGCGCUUCGUACCCAUGUUCGAACGCGUCCUCUCCGACGUCCUCUCCGCUCCUAAGGAGGAACCCAGCAGUUUGCCGUUCCGGUGGUACGAAGACCUCGAGGUCGAGCCGCCAAAGUGGGACCCCAAGGCCCCCGACCUCGACGCACAACGCGAGGAGUGGGAGCGCGAGCACAGGUGGCCGCGCAUCCCGGACCCGGAGCCGUUCGCCGCCCCUGCCACGACCGAUGGGCGCGUCGAGCUCUCGCUCAAAGGACGCACGGUCCAGGUGAUCGUCAAGCUCGCCAACAUACACCUCACGCCCGACAAACCCUCUUACCCCGGCGGGUCGUGGCACGUUGAGGGCAUGCUGAACGAGCGCAUCGUCGCGACGGGGAUCUACUACUACGCGAUGGAGAACGUCACCGAGAGCCGGCUCUCGUUCCGCCAGGGCGUCGGUGUCGGCGACUGGGACGCGGACCUCCCGUACGAGCAGGGCGACCACAGGGGGUACCGGGUCGCGUACGGGUUUGGUAUCGAGGAUCCCCUGAACCAGGUGCUGGGCCACAUCGUCGCUGCGGAGGACAAGUGCGUCGCGUUUCCGAACGUCUACCAGCAUCACGUCGAUCCGUUCGAGCUCGCGGACAAGACGCGCGCGGGGCACCGGAAGAUCCUCGCGCUGUUCUUGGUCGAUCCUCACGUGCGGGUUUUGUCCACGAGGGACGUGCCGCCUCAGCAGCGCGAUUGGGCGAUGAACGAGGUGGAGAAGGCCCCUGGGCUGCAGAACCUGCCACAGGAGCUGUUUGACAUGGUCGUUGGCUUCACAGAGGAUGGGUUGAUGUCGCGGGAGCAGGCGGGGGAGCAUCGAGAGCGGUUGAUGAAGGAACGGUCUGCGUUCGAUGUUCAGCAAAACGAGGAGAUAUUCGAGCAGCAGUUUAACAUGUGCGAGCAUUAG